AUGCCGGUCAAAGACAACUUUAAAGGAUGGCAUUGGAGGGAGAGGAUUGCCAAUUUCGAGCCAUCAUGGUUCACCAUUGUCAUGAGCACUGGCACUCUGCAACAAUGCUUGGUUAAUUUCCCAUAUCCUAUUACUGGAGCAGAUCGGUGGCUUCGCGACAUUGGCUACUGUCUAUGGAUUCUCGAGAUCGUCCUGUUUGGCUUUUUUACUGGUAUGCUCAUCUGGCGUUACAUCAAGCAUCCUGUGCUCCUAAAAAAGAAUAUGAAGGAGUUUCCAACAAGUUCGUUCCUGGGUGCGAUUCCAAUCUCUUUCAACACCAUUAUUCAAGGAAUCAUAUCGUACUAUGAUUACCGGACUUCUGCUCGAUGGGCGACAUUCGUCCUUUACUGGAUCGCUCUUGUCAUGUCUUUGAUGAUAUCCUUUGGUCUCGUUAUCUACCAAAUGAGCCAUGUGAAGCCUCAGAAGCUGUCUGACGUGGCAGGAGUCUGGGUUAUGACCACUGUGCCUUUGUUUGUCACAGCGACAACCGCGAGUUCGAUUCUGCCCUACGUCUACAUGGAAAGCACAAAAUGUGCUAUCGCCUUGCUCGUCACUGGCUUCCUGGCCUGGUCGUUUGCUAUUGCGGAAGGCAUGAUGAUCAUCACGGUCUAUUUCUUCCGAUUGAUCGCGGACAAGACACCGGCAGCACCUCUUAUGGUUGGAUCUUUCCUACCUGUAGCAGCCUUGAGUCAAGGAGCCUACGCUAUUCAUAGAUUCAGCAUCUUCCUGGCCACGUACAUCAAGAGUGGUUACGCACCAACCCAGGUCAAUCCACCACCACUUUCACACGCCACACUCGUGGCAACUUCUGAGGUGAUCCAUUGGAUGGGCAUCAUCAUGGAUCUGUUCCUCUUGGCUCAAGCCACGUUCUGGAUGGUCCAGGGCACAACAAGCAUUCUGACGGCAUUGCCAAAACUGCAAUUCAAUAUUGCCUAUUGGAGCUCAGUAUUCCCUAUGGCAUCCUAUGCAAAUGCAUGGUGCUUCCUCUCUCGCGACCUACGCGAUAAUGGCAUGAGAGGUUGGGCAGCGACAAUGGUCAUGAUAGCAGUAAUUCUGUGGCUCUUCUGUGCUCUGGAGACAGUUUACAGAGGGUUCUGGUUGGGCAGCUUGUUCUCAGCUCCAGGACUUGAAGACUGGCUGGGUGAGGAAGAGCAGGAGCAAGACGAAAAGAGCAGAGGCGGAAGGAAGGACUCAUGGAACGGAAGCUACACGAUACCUCCACCAGGAUCUCGAGACGAAGAGAGUGGACAGGCUAAUGGGCAUCAGGCCGAUGGCAAUGAGGGCGAUUCAAGAAGGAGAAACUGA